GCAUGAUAUUUCGGGAAAUGUGACUCGUGAGAAGCCGGUUGCAUGUUGCAUGUGUGAGAAAGCUCGGUCGAGUCGAGGAGUGAAAGAAAGGGAAGGAAAAGAAAUAAAAGUAAAGAAAGUUAAGCUGUUGGGGAUUUAUUAUGUCCUGCCGACUACUCAAGGGGACUUUUUCUUCCAUAAUUAUACCAUUUCCGCAAACACGAUCCAUCCAUGUCUGCACACCCAAAGGGUCCGUGUUGGAUUACUUUAGGAAAAAAACCCCCACCGAUGUCGUUGCAAAGGAGGAGUCAGGGGAUACAGAUGAGCAGAUAUUUUCCCUAGAAGAAACAAUUACUCCUCCUCUUUCCGAAGAGGAAAUUAACCAAAAACGUAACAAGUCACGAUUACGAGCUUAUCAUCAAAGAUUAGUGAAUGGACAAGUUCCACAUCCAGAACCUGUAUUUUGGACCCAUCACACCGUAGAAUACAAGAGAAGAAUAUUUGGAAAGUAUGGAGAAGCAAGUGAAGUUGACCCAAGAAUUUUAUGGCCUACGCGAAAGCAGUUAAAAAAGAAAAUCGAGUAUGAAAAUAUCUGCAAUCCAUUCACAAUCCAAGAAAUGAUUACAAAAACACGGAAAAUGAAGGCUGCAGAAGAGGAAGCUUUUGAACAGAGAGAGAGGGAGGUUGAUGAAAAGAUGAAACUAGUAGAUAAAUAUAAAGCCGACCUAUUUGCAAAGCAGCAGGCCAAAGACAAAGAGCAAAAGGACGCAAAGGACCGAAAAGAAAAGCUCAUGGAAGAGGUCCGUCGCCACUUCGGGUUUACAGUGGAUUCAAGGGAUGAACGAUUCCAAGAGAUGUUGGCCAAAAAAGAAAAGGAACAAAGAAAGGCUAUGAAGGAAGCCAAAAAAUUAGAAAAGCAACAAAAAAUGCUAGACAAAUUGGAAGCCGAGUCUUCCAAAUCUCAACCAAAACAAAAACCUACACCAAUAGUGGACGAAGACUAGCCGAAUAAUAGGUUUCAAGUGAUAAAAUUUAAGUAUUUAGAGUUUUUAUAAUUAUAAUUCAGAUAAUGGAGCUGUUAAGUAAAUACAAAUGAUAUAUACUGGUCACAUUAAAUUGACGUUUUAUAUAAAA